AUGUCGGAAAAAGAACUGAAAGUAGGUUUAAGCGAUCCUCCUGCGUACAGCCAUGUCAAUGUUUACAAUGUUGAUCUCGAGAAGGGACUUCCUUUGUACACACAACAGGACACAAAUAAAUCACCCAAUUCAGGUUCUUUGAAAGCCAAAGAGAAGAAAGAUAUAGCUAUGGAUCAACUUGGCGAUUUUCAUUCCUUUUUAGAUGAAAGGAAACGUGAAGCUUCACAAUUCCUAAAUCGGGAAUUUCCCGACAAUGUAGUUGUUAAGGAGAAAUCGCAACGAUUGUUAUCUACAAUUAUUCCCUCUUUGGUGUGUGUCUGUGCGAUAUCUUACUACUUCCGAACAUAUACUUUUCUAGUCGAUGGCUUUAAAGAUUGGGGCAAUUGGCCCUUGGGUCCUCUGAUUAUUCAUGUUGUGAUAUUCAUAGUAUUUGUAGCUGCUUUUUUUUGUCUUCAUUCAAUUAUUCUCGGGACUGUUAGAAGAUUACUUUAUGUGGUCAUCUUGAUGGGUUGUAUCCUUCCAUUCCUAUUCAGUGCUAUCGGAAACAUAUACAGUGCUAUUCACAGUGCUAUCGGAAACAUAUACAGUGCUAUUGGAAAAAUCAUUGGUAUGGUCGUAGAUAUCUUGAUGUACGGUGCAGGUACCAUAAUAUGCGGUGUUGGCUAUGGAUUGUAUUGCACUCUUUUAGCCUGUCUUGGUUUAAACUUUGUAAGCUCAACGGAGCACACGAGUUCGCCUACGCUUCCCAGCUAUCAGCAAAGAGACAAUGCACUUGCUCCUCCACCGACGGAUACAAAUGAAGAAAUAGAGUUGCAGACUAAUCCUAGUACUCAAAUUUAG